AUGCUGAAGAAGAAGACCUUGGCGCCCGCCUUCUUCUGGACUUUCUCCUCCUCCCCAACCACCACCCCCGAACUGUCGCCCACCUCGUCGGAUAGCGACUCGGACGAGGAGAUGGAAUCAUCUGGCUCCCGACCGGUCAGCCUGGCCGUUUCGACGGGAGCCUUCUGUCCGAUGCGCCCGACGCUCAAUGAGGUCCUGGCCAAUACCGCCGCACCGCCCUAUACGCUCUCCGCGUUCAUGGCCUAUCUCUCCCAGAACCACUGCCUCGAGACCCUCGAAUUCACGAUGGAGGCCAACCGCUACCGGGAUACAUACGAUGCCGUUGUCGAUCGCCUGGGCCUCGCCGUCCUGGCUGUCCCGGAUUCCCCGGAAGCCCAGCAUCUCCGCAUGCUGUGGCAUCGGCUCCUGAUGGCCUACAUCCUCCCCGGUGCCCCUCGUGAGAUCAAUCUCUCCAGCGAAGUUCGGGACGCCCUCCUUCACUAUCGCGACGUCACCACCCCACCGGCCCCCGAGACCCUCGAUUCCGCCGUCAAACGUAUCCACGAGCUCAUGGAGGAAUCGAUCUUCUUGCCCUUUCUAAACAGCCUCACCACUUCCCCGGCCAUGAUGGCACACUCCGGGCCCCCCUUUGGCCCGGAUGAUGUCAUGGCGUUGUCGGGCACCAGCUUUGAUGAGAACUCGGUAAAGCGAGUCCUUUCGCGCGGCAAACGCAUCUCCCCCCAGUCCUCCACCAAGGAUCUACCCGCUACGGCCGGUGGCCGCUCCACCAUCUCGCUGGGGGCCGUUCAGGCGUUGGGCAAACGGGCCUCCGGUGCUCUCCUCAGCACCAGCGGAGAGUCUGUGUCUCUGACAGACGACUCUAGUCCCCAGUCGAGCCCCACUGUCGAGGAGCCGAUGACGCCACCCACCACGCCUCCGGCCAGUGAGCCGCAUCUGCCUAUUCACAGCCCUAGGCUGCGAACCGAGAACCCUUGGAAGAAGAUGGGUAUGAAGCUGGGUUUCAAGAAGCGAUCGGCCGGCAGCAGCGGUGCCUCUCGAGACCCUAAAAUCCUGGGUCUCGACGACUAA